GGGUAUUUACGGUACUUCAUAACUGACACCAAAUUAGUGUUAAAACCUAUGUAUUCGCUUUAUUUUAACCUUACUUCCAUCCGAAUUUCUUCUUUCACCUACUGUUGGAUAAUUCAGCGCAAAUUGCUAUAAAAUUUUACGGUGACAAAAAGUGAAUUAGUAAGCCAAGACCAUGAGCUUUGCGUUAUAUAAAGGAAAUUAUCCAUGUUAGCUGUAUACAAACAUUGGUGAUUACUCUCUUUUUUUUUGUAAAUAAUGACUGUCGGAUUGGAAAAAACAAAUUUAUUUAAACCAAUUACUGUUGGUAAAAAUACUAUAAAUCAACGGAUAGCUUUUGCUCCUACAACAAGAUUCCGUGCUACAGAUGAUCAUACUCCAAGCGAUUUAAUGCUACAACACUAUUCAGAUCGAGCACAGACUCCCGGCACUUUGCUCAUUUCAGAAGCCACAUUCAUUUCGCCUCGCUCUGGCUUAUAUCCCAAUAUUCCUGGUAUCUGGAACGAUAAGCAUGUUCAAGGAUGGAAGAAAAUUACGGAUGCAGUACAUGCAAAAGGGAGUUACAUGGCCUGUCAACUCUGGUUUUUGGGUAGAGUCGGAUCCCCAGGACUUUUGAAAAAACACGGCUUGGAUUUGGUUUCUGCAUCUCCUCUCUAUGAUAGUGAAGAUUCCAAAAAGGCAGCAGAAGCCGCUGACAAUCCCAUUAGAGCAUUAACCGAGGAAGAAAUUCAUAGUAUUAUUUAUGAGGAUUACAAGAACGCAGCUAUCAAUGCCAUGAAUGCCGGAUUUGAUUAUGUUGAAAUACACAGUGCGCAUGGAUACAUGCUUGACCAAUUCUUACAACCUGUCAGCAACCAGAGAACAGACAACUAUGGUGGUUCUAUCGAAAAGCGUGCAAGGAUGGUCUUGGAGAUUGUCGACCUUUUAAGUGAAACUAUUGGCGCCGAAAAAGUUGCAAUCCGGUUGUCUCCAUGGACUAAAUUCCAAGGAAUGAAAGGCGAUGAAGAUUCUGUACAUCCUAUCACGACUUUUAGUUAUGUGGUGAAUGAGCUUCAGAAGCGUGCAAACAAUGGUAAACAACUUGCUUACCUUUCUGUGGUCGAACCUAGGAUUACUGGUGGCAGGGACAUCGUUGGCUUGAUUGGGGAUCUCGACAUUUCUGACGUAGUUGGUUCCAACGAUUUUGUCAAGUCUUUAUGGAAGGGUGCUAUUUUACAAACCGGUAACUAUACUUAUGACUAUCCCGAAUUCAGUUUAUUGAAGUCUGAUGUUAAUGGCGACGACCGUACUAUGAUUGGGUUUUCAAGAUUCUUUACUUCCAAUCCGGAUUUGGUUGAGAGAUUAAAGGAAGGACACGAACUUACUCCUUAUGUUCGUCAUUUAUUUUAUGCCAAUCAUAACAAUGGUUAUAACACAUUUUCUAAUUAUGGCAAGGAAUUGCAUUACGACUCCGAAGCUGAAGAAAAGAAACGCCCACUUUCUUUAGUCUAGCUUUCCGUUACACGCUUUAAGAGAAGACCGGUUAGAAAAGAACAGUGUGAUUGUUUUUUAUUAUUAUUUUUUCUCUUGGUGAUUUUAACCAUUUAUUUAUCUAUUGUGGUUUAAUAAAUUUCGGUAAUUGCGAAAUGUGCUUGUAUGGCAUACAGGGUAGUUAGUCGAUAGUUGUAGUCGAUAAAAGCAACAUCAUUAUUUUCCUUCCAAAGUAGUUUUGGC